UCACACCGCCUGACAGUUGUCUCUACCAGACGCGUUAGAAGUUCUAGAAAUCAACAGGAGAAGCAGUGUAUGGAGGAGAGAGAAGCAUGGCUCCGCCAAGGCUCACUGGUGCCCUCCGCUCCUUCUCCAAUGUCAGCAGGAAAGAAGACUUCACUGAACAGCUGUAUGAUCUGAAGACCAAACGUCUGAAGAGACAGGAGCGCUUUGCCAGAGAGGGCCUGACGUGGCAGAAGAUCGUCCAUUUCUGCAGCGAGCAUCAGGACAAAGUGAAGCAGCAAGCUGCCAAUCAGGAGCUGAAGAGCCUCCUUCUAGCAGCCAAACAGAUUGUGGGGACAGAUCAUGGUCAGGAGGCCAUUGAACAUGCUGCUGUCUUCCUUUUUGAGACCUUCCAUAACAAAGACCAUGUGGGCACAGAGGAGACCCGGGCCAUUAAGCAGAUGUUUGGACCCUUUCCUUCAUCUGCAGCUGACGCCUCCUGUGCCUGCGUGGGCCGGCUGGUGGAUCCACUCGGAGACUCCAGAGUCGAGGAGUUCAUCCAAGCCCAGAGCUCCCGUCACAACCCCAAACAAGGCUCCACUUUCGGGCGCAACAUCACCUUCUCCUAUGACUGCUACACUCUGGACCCUCUGGAGGAUCUGCCCCGCCCCGCUGUCUGUGAAGAUAACAUGAAGCUGGACUUCACCAACUUCCUCAACAGCCAUCAGAGUGGGAGGAAAGCUGCCAAUGAGGACGAGGCGUCCGGCUCAGGAAGAUCUCUGAGCUCUGCAGAUGGAACCAUUCUGAGAACAGAGGUGGAGAAGUAUCUGCUGGGAGGCAACAUGAUCUCAUCCAGCCCAGAGGAGCUGUGCACCUCCCUGUUUGAAAUGCUGGCCUCUCACAAGAGUGCAGACGAACUGCAGAACGAGCUGUUUGAACUGCUGGGCCCAGAGGGGCUGGAGAUGAUCUCCACCCUCCUCCAGCGAAGAGAGGCCAUUGUCGACUCCCUCCUCGCCAUCCCACCUGACAGGGCUGGCUACCAAGCAGAUGGGCGAAAAGUCAGCGGAGAAGUGACCAAGCCCGCCUACGGCUGCCAGGUGACCAUCCAGUCAGAGCAGGAGAAACAGCUGAUGAAGAUGUACCGCAGAGAGGAGAAAAGGGAGAGGAAGAGAGGGAAGGGAAUUGAUGACUUUGACCCCUCCGAUCCGAUCCUCAACUUUGACCCCAGAGAGAUGAGAGUCCAGCGGGAGCAGGCCCUCCUGACCGCACGCCGUGAUCCUAUACUGACCCGAGAAAGAGUGUAUGAGCGGAUUCGAUAUCCCAAUGUCUACGACUGCUACGCCGAGGCCACCAAGACCUCUGCUUUUGUCGGAGGAGCCAAUUUGCUGCUGCCCGAGGGAAUCCGUAGAGACAACACUAAGAUGUAUGAAGAGGUGGAGAUCCCGCCCAAUGAACCCAUGCCUAUCGGCUUUGAAGAGAAGCCCGUCUACAUCUCUGAACUAGAUGAGAUCGGUCAGCUGGUGUUCAAGGGGAUGAAGCGUCUGAACAGGAUCCAGUCCAUGGUGUUUGAGACGGCCUACAACACCAAUGAAAACCUUCUGAUCUGCGCCCCAACUGGCGCUGGAAAGACCAACAUCGCCAUGCUGACUGUCCUUCACGAGAUCCGCCAGCACCUGCAGCCUGGGGGGGUCAUCAAGAAGGAUGAAUUCAAGGUAGUAUAUGUGGCUCCUAUGAAAGCUUUGGCAGCUGAGAUGACUAAUUACUUCAGUAAGCGUUUGGAGCCACUGGGCAUCAGUGUUAAAGAACUCACCGGGGACAUGCAACUAACCAAAGGAGAGAUCCUACGAACACAGAUGUUGGUGACCACUCCAGAGAAGUGGGAUGUUGUAACCAGGAAGAGCGUUGGAGACGUCGCUCUCUCCCAGAUCGUACGCCUCCUGAUAUUGGAUGAAGUUCACCUUCUUCAUGAAGAUCGAGGACCAGUACUGGAGAGUCUGGUAGCCAGGACCAUCAGACAGGUGGAGUCCACCCAGAGUAUGAUCAGGAUCCUGGGACUGUCAGCCACUCUGCCCAACUACCUGGAUGUAGCCUCCUUCCUACACGUCAACCCGUACAUCGGCCUCUUCUUCUUCGACAGUCGCUUCAGACCGGUGCCCCUCGGACAGACCUUUGUUGGCAUCAAAUCCAACAACAAGAUCCAGCAGCUUCAUGACACGGAGGAAGUUUGUUACAAUAAAGUUCUGGAGCAGGUCAAAGCUGGUCAUCAGGUGAUGGUGUUUGUCCACGCCCGUAAUGCCACAGUGAAGACAGCCAUGGGACUGAUUGAGAUGGCCAAGAACCACGGAGAAACAUGCUUCUUCCAACCAGACCAGGGCCCAGACUACGGUCACUGUGAAAAACAGAUCCAGCGCUCCAGAAACAAACAGAUGAAAGAGAUGUUCCCUGAAGGUUUUGGAAUCCACCAUGCUGGCAUGCUGCGAUCUGACCGCAGCCUUAUGGAGAGCAUGUUCUCCAAAGGGCACCUGAAGGUGUUGAUCUGCACUGCCACCCUGGCCUGGGGAGUGAACCUGCCAGCCCAUGCUGUUAUCAUCAAGGGCACACAGAUCUAUGAUGCCAAGCGCGGUGCCCUGGUGGAUCUGGGUAUCCUGGACGUCAUGCAGAUCUUUGGACGUGCAGGUCGUCCCCAGUUUGACAAGUACGGUGAGGGCACCAUCAUCACCACCCACGACAAGCUGAGUCAUUACCUGACCCUGCUCACCCAACAGAACCCCAUUGAGAGUCAGUUCCUGGACAGCCUGGCAGAUAACCUCAACGCUGAGAUCGCCCUGGGCACAGUCACCAACGUGGAGGAGGCAGUGAAGUGGCUCAGUUAUACUUACCUCUACGUUCGCAUGAGGGCCAACCCACUGGCAUAUGGCAUUAACCACAAGGCUUUCCAGAUGGAUCCCUCCUUAGAGCUGUACAGGAAGGAGCUGGUGGUGGAGGCAGGCAGGAAGUUGGACAAGGCCAGGAUGAUCCGCUUCGAGGAGCGCACUGGCUACUUUGGAUCCACUGACCUGGGCAGGACUGCCAGCCACUUCUACAUCAGAUACAACACUAUAGAGACUUUCAAUGAACAUUUCAACUCUCAACGGACAGAAGCAGACAUCCUCGGUAUUGUGUCCAAAGCCGAGGAGUUUGACCAGCUCAAGGUACGUGAUGAGGAGUUGGAUGAACUGGAUCAGUUGCUGAGUAACUACUGUGAGCUGCCGGCUGCAGGCGGAGUGGAGAACGGCUACGGCAAGGUCAACAUCCUGCUGCAGACCUACAUCGGACGAGGAGAGGUGGACAGCUUCUCUCUCAUCUCGGACCUGUCUUUUGUAGCACAGAACGCAGCUAGGAUCGUCAGGGCUCUGUUCGAGAUCGCUCUGAGGAAGCGUUGGCCGACCAUGACGUACCGACUGCUUACGCUCUGUAAGGUGAUUGACAAGCGGCUGUGGGGUUUCGCCCACCCUCUUCGCCAGUUCCCCACCCUGAGCCACAUCGUCCUGAACCGUUUGGAAGCCAAGAACCUCACUGUGGACAAACUCAAGGAAAUGAGGAAGGAUGAGAUUGGUCAUAUGCUGCACCAUGUGAACAUCGGGCUGACAGUCAAACAGUGUGUCCACCAGAUCCCCGCCAUCACAAUGGAGGCCAGCGUUCAGCCAAUCACACGCACUGUCCUGCGCGUCCGUCUCGUGGUCACGCCUGACUUCCGCUGGAAUGAUCAGGUCCACGGGUCAGUGGGUGAGCCAUGGUGGUUAUGGGUGGAGGAUCCAGCCAAUGAUCACAUCUACCAUUCUGAGUACUUCCUCCUGCAGAAGAAACAGGUGGUAACAGGAGAGCCCCAGCACAUUGUGUUCACCAUCCCCAUCUUUGAACCGCUGCCCUCCCAGUACUACAUCAAGGCUGUUUCUGAUCGCUGGCUCGGGGCCGAGGCCGUGUGCAUCAUCAACUUCGGGAACCUCAUCUUACCUGAGAGACACCCCCCACACACCGAGCUGCUGGACCUGCAGCCGCUGCCAGUGACAGCUCUGGGUAACCGGGAGUAUGAGAGCCUGUACAAGUUCACUCACUUCAACCCCAUCCAGACGCAGAUCUUCCACACGCUGUAUCACACCGACACCAACGUCCUGCUGGGGGCGCCAACAGGCUCUGGAAAGACCAUCGCAGCAGAGAUGGCCAUGUUCCGAGUCUUCAACAAGUAUCCCACCUCUAAGGUGGUGUACAUCGCUCCGCUGAAGGCUCUGGUCAGAGAAAGGAUUGACGACUGGAAGAUCAGGAUUGAGGAGCAACUGGGAAGGAAAGUGGUGGAACUGACAGGUGAUGUGACUCCUGAUAUGAGAGCUAUAGCGCAGGCUGACCUCAUUGUCACCACACCAGAGAAAUGGGACGGAGUGAGCAGAAGCUGGCAGAACAGGAGCUACGUUCAGAAAGUAGCCAUCCUCAUUAUCGAUGAGAUCCACCUGCUGGGGGAGGACAGAGGUCCUGUAUUAGAAGUCAUUGUGUCCAGGACCAACUUCAUCUCCUCCCACACUUCUAAGACAGUUCGAGUGGUGGGACUGUCCACCGCUCUGGCCAACGCUCGAGACCUGGCUGACUGGCUGGGCAUCGGACAGGUGGGUUUGUUUAACUUCCGUCCUUCUGUUCGCCCCGUCCCAUUGGAGGUUCACAUCCACGGUUUCCCAGGGCAACACUACUGCCCCCGCAUGGCCACCAUGAACAAGCCCACCUUCCAAGCGAUACGCAGCCACUCUCCAGCCAAGCCGGUGCUGAUCUUUGUGUCAUCGCGGCGUCAGACUCGACUGACCGCUCUGGAUCUCAUAGCUUACCUGGCCACAGAGGACAACCCCAAACAGUGGCUGCAUCAGGAUGAGAGAGAGAUAGAAGCGAUCAUCGCCACAGUGAGGGACUCCAACCUGAAGCUGACGCUGGCCUUUGGUAUCGGCAUGCAUCACGCCGGCCUGCACGAGAGAGACCGCAAGACUGUGGAGGAGCUGUUUGUCAACUGCAAGAUCCAGGUUUUGAUUGCCACCAGUACUCUGGCCUGGGGGGUGAACUUCCCCGCUCACCUGGUGGUAGUCAAGGGAACCGAAUACUAUGAUGGAAAAUCCAGGCGCUACGUGGACUACCCCAUCACAGAUGUUCUGCAGAUGAUGGGGCGAGCGGGUCGACCUCAGUUUGACGACCAGGGCAAAGCGGUCAUCCUCGUCCACGACAUCAAGAAGGAUUUCUACAAGAAGUUCCUCUACGAGCCUUUCCCCGUUGAGUCCAGCCUCCUCAGUGUGCUGUCAGACCAUCUGAAUGCUGAGAUUGCUGCAGGAACCAUCGCCUCCAAGCAAGAUGCAAUGGACUACAUCACCUGGACUUACUUCUUCAGACGGCUGGUGAUGAACCCCAGUUAUUACAGCCUAGAAGACGUCAACCAUGAGUCCAUCAAUAAGUACCUGUCCAACCUGGUAGAGAGAAGCCUGCGGGACCUGGAGUGCUCUUACUGCAUGGAAAUAAAAGAGGACGAUUGGACCAUCGAUCCACUGACUCACGGCCGCAUCGCCUCAUAUUACUACCUGAGACACCAGACCAUCCGCAUGUUUAAAGAGCGACUGAGGUCUGAGCUGCCCAUCCAAGAGCUGCUCUCCAUCCUCACUGAAGCAGAGGAAUACGCAGAGUUGCCCGUCAGACACAAUGAAGACCAGCUGAACAGCCAGCUGGCUCAGCAGCUCCCCCUGCAGGUCAACCCACACUCCUAUGACAGUGCCCACACCAAGACCCACCUGCUGCUGCAGGCCCACUUCAGCCAUGCCCAGCUGCCAUGCAGUGACUACAACACCGAUACAAAGACGGUCCUGGACAACGCCAUCCGAAUCUGUCAGGCCAUGUUGGAUGUAGCAGCCAGUGAGGGCUGGCUCGUCACAGCUCUCAGUAUCUGCAACCUGGUGCAGAUGAUUGUACAGGGCCGCUGGCUGCAUGACUCCUCAUUACUGACACUGCCACAUGUAGAGCAGCAGGACCUCUAUCUGUUCAGGAAAUGGACAAACAGGAAAGGAAGGGGCGAGACUGGAGGCUUCAACGGGCCAAUCGAAGGACUUCCUGAGCUGAUUGCUGCCUGCAAUGGAAAGGAAAGCGUUUUUGCUGCUAUAGUCGGCCAAGAGUUUCAAUCAAGUCAGUUUUCCCAGGCGUGGUCCUUCCUGAGUCAUCUCCCAGUGCUGGAGGUCUGGAUGAGUGUGAAGGGCUGGUGGGAGGACAGCCAGGGGCAGACGGAGCGCCCCCUGCCUGCAGCGGGAGCCAAUCUAAGGGAGGAGAGCAGUUGGCUGGACGUCCAUGCUGACCAAGAGUACGUCCUGCAGGUGUCGCUGAGACGCAUCAACCAGGGCCAGCAGAGGAGGAAGCAGGACAGUAAGGCCCAGGCUCCCAGGUUCCCUAAGAUGAAAGAUGAAGGCUGGUUCCUGGUGGUAGGAGAGGUGGAUCGCAGGACGCUGCUGGCAGUCAAACGUGUGGGAUACGUGCGCACCCACACAUCUGUGUCUGUGGCCUUUUACACACCAGAGAAGACUGGAAAGUGUAUCUACACUCUCUACCUGAUGAGUGACAGCUACCUGGGUCUGGACCAGCAGUAUGACAUCCACCUCAAUGUUAAACCUGCCAGCAUCGCCUCCCAGGUCAACACAGAAGUGUCUGAUUCAGUGUCUGACUUGUCCCUCAGCUGAGGCCUCUUCAUCAUCAUCACCAUCACCUUCAUCAUCAUCACAGACAGCAGCAGUAGAACAGAUCAGUGCAGAGCAGAUGAGUGAUAGUGAAUGUGAUGCACACUAACUAUUCUCCACUUUUACUUCAGUUAGUCAUCUCCAUCUUUUUGCAGUGACUUAACCCUUUACAUACUGUUCAUAUUCUAACUCAUAAUUAGUCUCUUCACCAAUUCACAUUCAUCAAUUCCCCAUUAGUUAUUAAUACAUGUUUGAUUCAUUAUUUAAAAUCACCAGGAGAACAUUUGAACACAUUUGAAUGCUGAUUUUUUUUUUUUAAACACAAGUCAAAUUUGUACAUUUGCAUAUAUAAAAAAUGUGUAUCAGCUGCACACACAAAAAAAAGAGCAUUUUAUUUGCAGUUUUGUAUAGUGUGGGUCACAUUAUGAAAAAUCCAACAAUAAAUGUGUAUAGGUUGUUUUUACAGCCGUCUCUGAACAGUAUGUAAGGGUUCAAACUUCUAUUUCCUAUGAACUGUAUUACAUUCUGGUCUAUGAACUGUAUUACAUUCUGGUCUAUGAACUGUAUUACAUUCUGGUCUAUGAACUGUAUUACAUUCUGGUCUAUGAACUGUAUUACAUUCUGGUCUAUGAACUGUAUUACAUUCUGGUCUAUGAACUGUAUUACAUUCUGGUCUAUGAACUGUAUUACAUUCUGGUCUAUGAACUGUAUUACAUUCUGG